GCUCAAUGAGCCAGAGCGUGUCAAGGCCGAGUCUGAUAACUGGGUCAAAUGGACCCAAGAAAGGGUAGAUGCCACCUUAUCAAUGGUGCUCAGGGCUGCUGCCAUGAAGCAAAAGUGCUUAAAUGAGCUGAUAAGCAAUGCUGAAAAACGGCUGGUGGUAUCUGUACCUCAGGAGUCAGAUGGGCCUGCUCAGGAGGUUAGCAAUACCAACAAGUCGGGCUUUACUGAUGGACUCCAGUCUCUGAGCCCCAGCAGUCCAAAAGCUGAGGAGGUCAUCGGUAAGCACCAGGCACUCCAGGGAAAGAGCGACACAAAGUUUGCGAAGAAGAUGGCGCGUCUCGUGGCUGAGGCCACCAAGAAGGAGGAGAAGAUCAAAGCUGCGGAGCAGAAGAAGAGGAUGCAGCUGGAGGAGAAGACAAGGAAACAGCUGGAGAAGCUACAGAAGGCUGAGCUGGAGAAGCAGAGGAGGAAGGAGGCGAAGGAGAAGAAAGAAGCAGAGAAGCUGGAGAGGAAGAGAGCCAAGGAGGAGAGGGCCAAGACCAGACAGCGCGGAUGUUGUUUCUGCUGCUGGAGAUGAUCUUCCUCUCCACAGGACAAUGCUGAAGAACUCAACAAUCAACAAUGUUAAUCAUUAUGAAUCGUAAGAAACAUUUUUCAACCCAGAUUUUUUUCUGCUGGAGGAAAUCUUCCACUCCUCAG